UUAGGAUUGUUGGUCACAUUUACGGACAGAUAUACCUCUCAGAUGACGGUAUCAUUUUACUAAAAAGCCAUCUUCAAUUGUAUUCUUUGCUUGUUUCAAGGAAACGCGGCAUAUGUGGAAUUUAACAUAAUGGGGAGGGGGGUGGCAGAUUUGUGUGUCUCAUCUGAUUUUAUUGAAAGAUGUCCAAAAAGUCUUUGAAGAGAGAAUGGGCAGAAAGAGGAGCCCCAGCAGGCAUAGUGAGGACAGGAGACAUGUGAAAAAGAAGAGGAAACAUGAAAGAGACAGCAGCAGCAGUAGCAGUUCAGACAGCAGCGUGUCCAGUUCCAGCAGUGAAGAAGACAGACGUAGGAGGCACAAAAAGGACGGAAGGUCUCGACCAAGCAGCACAUCAUCAUCAUCAUCAUCUUCCAGUUCUUCACAUAGCUCAAGCUCAGAUGAUGAAAGGAAGAAGAGGAAGAAGGACAAACAUAAGAAGACUGAGAAGAAGAAGAAGCAUCGAAGCAAGAAGAAAUCCAAGAAGUAUGCUGAAAGUAAAAGUAGCCGUCCUGUGCAGCUGUCAAAGUACAUGAAAGACAAGAAGGAGAAGGAAGAACAGAGAAGUGUUAUCUCUGGCCACAAAAUCAAACUCAAGGUCAAGAAGUCCAAAAAGGACAAGGAGCGAGACAAGAACAGGGCCGAGUUGUUGAACUUCCUGAACUCCCAGUGAGGCAGAGGAUCUGGUCGGGGUUUGGGGCUACACAACUGUAGGAUACAGAUGAUAGCAGGAUGGCACAGAUGUCUUUACAUGAUGUAUGUUGUGGUACAACUGAAGACUGUAUUGUUCAGAGUCACCUACUUCAAAUUGAUUGUGUAGGAAAUGAAACAUGCUGCCACUUGGGGACUCCACAUGAAGUGUGCUGUGCCUUGUGAUAUUGCUGGACAAAGUGUGUCAGUCUGCCAUGGACCGUUCUAUAAGUUGAGUGAUGUUGCUUAGGGAAAGUUGAGUAGCAAGAUAUAUCAUAGACAGGGUAACUUUAUAAGAUAUCAAAUUAUCAAUGGCAUACACGUACAUGGCUGGAAUGUUGUUACACUUGUGCAGGAUUAAGAUAAGAUGUAAAAUUAGACAGGAUGUGCUGGCUUCCUUGGAAUAAAACUUAUGUGGUAGUUUGGUUGAACUUACAGCAUAAAUUGUCAUUUUCUUCAAAAAUAUUGUUUUUUUACACAAAUUUGUGUUGGGUACAGGAAAAUUAAUCUUCAAGCAGAUCUUUCAGUGUUGGAAGACAGUAUCCAAUUGACCAGUCUGUAACAAUUUCCCUCCAAGCAGAUAUUUCGGUGAGGGAAGACAGUAUCCAAUUGGCCAGUCUGCAACAAUGUGGCCAGUCUGGCCAUUUGGUUACUGUUUUCCCUCACCGAAAGAUCUGCUUGGAGAUUAAAGGAAAAUUGUAAAGCCUUCUGAAGUUAUUUUUCCAGAGUAUUUAUCAAACUUAACUGGUAUAGGUCAUCACGGUGCAGUGUUGGAGGCUCAGUGUUGGGGGUGUUUCAUACACUCUGUAAAGGGUGUGACAGAUGAUGAUAAUACAUGUGCAGAAUGUUGUGUGAUUUGUCAUAGAGUAGAGAAGACACCAUUACUCCAUGUGUUAGGCAUUUUACUUGUCAUCAAAACACACUACUUACAAAAUAGAAAGGUCAGCCUGAUGUGGCUGUGGGUGGCACAGAAUAAAGAUGUUAGCAAGUUAACUAUCAACAUAUUUUUGUGACCGUUGAACAUGUAUAUACACAUGUA